UAGCUCCCGCCCGGCCCCAGGCUGCGUGCCAGGCGCUCCCUUCCGCGUCGCUCUGUCCAUCCAUCCAUCCAUCCAUCCGGCAGUCCGUCUUGAGCGCGCGGCCGCAGCAGCAGGCCGGAACCGAGCGCCCCCGUCAUGGGCUGGGGAGCCGGUGGGAGCUGCACCCCGCGCCCACCCAUCCGCCAGCAGCCGGCGUCCGAGGCGCGCGUGAUCACUGUGGUCUUCCUCGGCCUCCUGCUGGACCUGCUGGCCUUUACGUUGCUGCUUCCCCUGCUGCCUGGCCUGCUGGAGAGCCAUGGCCGAGCCCACGACCCACUCUACGGCUCGUGGCAGCGAGGGGUGGACUGGUUUGCUGCAGCCAUCGGGAUGCCAGUGGAGAAGAGGUACAACAGUGUCCUGUUUGGAGGUCUGAUUGGCUCGGUGUUCUCAGUCCUACAGUUUCUCACAGCACCGCUCACAGGAGCCAUCUCUGACUGCCUGGGAAGGCGCCCGGUGAUGCUGCUGUCCCUGGCAGGUCUGGCCGCGUCGUACGCAGUGUGGGCUGCCUCGGAGAGCUUUGCGGCCUUCCUGGCCUCCAGGGUGAUUGGCGGCAUCAGCAAGGGGAAUGUCAGCCUCUCCACAGCCAUUGUCGCCGACCUGGGCUCUCCUCCUGCCCGCAGCCGUGGCAUGGCAGUCAUCGGGGUGGCCUUCUCGCUGGGCUUCACACUGGGUCCCAUGCUGGGUGCCUCCCUGCCCGUGGAAACGGCGCCCUGGCUGGCCCUGCUCUUCGCAGUCUCUGACCUGCUGUUCCUCUUCUGUUUCCUGCCGGAGACGCUGCCCCCGGAGAAGCGGGCGCCCUCCGUGACCCUGGGGUUCCGAGCUGCUGCCGACCUACUCAGCCCCCUGGCCCUGCUCCGUUUCUCAGCUGUGGCCCAGGGCCAGGACCCACUCUCUGGAGAAAGGCUCGGCCACCUACGCCGCCUCGGCCUGGUCUACUUCCUCUACCUCUUCCUGUUCUCGGGCCUGGAGUACACGCUGAGCUUCCUUGCGCACCAGCGCUUCCAGUUCAGCAGCCUGCAGCAGGGAAAGAUGUUUUUCUUCAUCGGCCUUACCAUGGCCACCAUCCAGGGCGCCUACGCCCGGCGGAUCAGCCCUGGCAGGGAAAUUGCAGCUGUAAAGCGGGCCAUCCUGUUGCUGGUCCCCGCCUUCCUCCUCAUCGGCUGGGGGCACACGCUGCCUGUGCUGGGCCUGGGGCUGCUGCUGUACUCCUUCGCUGCUGCUGUCGUGGUGCCCUGCCUGUCUUCCGUGGUCGCCGGCUAUGGCUCACCUGGGCAGAAGGGCACCGUGAUGGGCACGCUUCGGAGCCUGGGCGCCCUGGCCAGGGCGGUGGGGCCCAUGGUGGCCGCCUCAGUGUACUGGCUGGCGGGGGCCCCAGCCUGCUUCACCGUGUGCUCGGGGCUCUUUCUGCUCCCCUUCGUCCUCCUGCGGAACCUGAGACCUACAGCACAGACACUCAAGGCCGAGUAGCUGAGCCAGUCCUGCCUCAGGCCGGGGGAGCUGAGGCAGAAAAGUGGAAGGCUCAGGCCAGGACCACUCCCCACUGCUGGCCUGACUCCGCCCUUGGCCCUGGAGCCUAGCCCAGGGAGGCCCAGAGGGCCCGAGACACUCCUCUCCCUCCUCGCUGGUGGGAGGGACCUGGGCAGCCCUGCCUGCUGCACACAGAGCAGAGCGGCACGAGUGACUCCAAACCUUCCGAGUGACUCCAAACCUUGCGGGCUUUUGAUUUGCUGGUGUUUUACUCAGCAACUCAGGGUGUCAGUCUGGCAUCUAAAUGACAAAAUAAAGCAGCUAUUUUAUACCAAG